AUGGCUCCUCCUAAGGCUGAUAAGCACAGCAGACAGCAGCGAGUGAGCAACCCCGAUGACGAACCCCAGACACCCCCGAAUCCUGACUCCGACCCUUCCCACGAAACCACUCCUGAUCCUCUCGCCGACAAUGAUGACGAUACUGGCGGAGGAUUUGAACCCCAGAUCACGUUCAAGGGAACCAGAUUGAUCAACCUCCAACUGGACUCGCCGGCGGUUACCAAACAGCUCCUGAAGAUUGAUCUCAAGGACCGAUAUGACAAAUUGACCGCGGUCUACAAGGAACUGGAGCAGAAGUUCUACGAACUUGAAAGACUCAACUCUGAACUCCAGGACAAGCCCCGCAAUCAGGAAGGAAAAAUCAUUCGUGAGCGAGACGAGGCGAUGGCUCGCUACCAACGAGCAAGAGAAGAGAGAAACAACGCGCGAGCUGACCUGGAGAAAGCGGUCUCUCGAGCAGCCGCAGCUACGGAAGAGAAGGAUGCCGCUAUUACCAAGCUGCAUGAGAUGGCCAUCAAGAUUUGUGAUCUGCAAACCCGCGCACCGAUUGUGGAGGCGGUCAAGAAGACAACGCGUCUGCCAGACGCACCCAUGUGUUACGAACCCCACUAG